GUGGGAGCGCAAGGAGGGGAGCGGAUUUCAGCGCACGGACAGGACGGGAGGAGGGGAGGCUCCGCCAGGGGGAGGAGCCGCUACCCGCGUCCCGCUGUCGGGGCCCCCUCCCGUCGCGGCUCCGCUAUAAAACCCGGGGCCGGCAUGAUCGCGGCACCCCCGGAGGCCUCCUCGGCACGCGACCCCCGGCUCGGCGGCGUCUCGGCUCCUGUGCGGGAUGCGGCUGCUGCCCGCGCUCCUGGCCCUCGCCGCCGCCCGGCCCUCGGCCAGCGCAGAGUCACACUGGUGCUACGAGAUUCAAGCCAAGGCCUCCAACUAUACUUGCUUGGGGCCUAGCCAGUGGGGUGAAGACUGCCAGAAGAACCGCCAGUCCCCCAUCAACAUUGUCACUACAAAGGCACAGGUAGACCCAGACCUGGGACCCUUCUCCUUCUCUGGCUAUGACAAGAAGCAAAAGUGGAGAGUCCAGAACAACGGGCAUUCAGUGAUGGUGUUGCUGGAGGGCGAGGCUUCCAUCACUGGAGGAGGACUGACUGCCCAGUACCGGGCCACACAGCUGCACCUGCACUGGUCCGAGGGGCUGGAUGGGGGCUCAGAGCACACCAUCGAUGGGGGUCGCUUUGCCAUGGAGAUGCACAUAGUACAUGAGAAAGAGAAGGGGACAUCGAGGAACAAGAAAGAGGCCCAGGAUUCCAAAGAUGAGAUUGCAGUGCUGGCCUUCCUGGUGGAGGUCAGAUCUGAGGAGAAUGAUGGCUUCCAGCCCCUGGUGGAGGCGCUGUCUCAUGUCCCCAGACCCUCGAUGAACACCACGAUGAAAGAGAGCAUCAGCCUAUUCGACCUGCUCCCCAAGAAGGAGAAACUGAGGCAUUACUACCGCUACCUGGGCUCACUUACCACUCCAGGCUGCCAAGAGACGGUUGUCUGGACCGUGUUCCAGGAACGCAUUCAGCUCCACAGGGAUCAGAUCCUCACAUUCUCCAAGAAGCUGUACUAUGAUAAGGAGCAGACACUGAGAAUGACAGAUAACGUCAGGCCCUUGCAGGACCAGGGGCAGCGCCUCGUGUUCAAGUCUCAGGCCCCAGGACAGCUGCUUCCCUUGCCCCUGCCCACCCUGAUGGUCCCCACGCUCACCUGCCUGACGGCUGGCUUCCUCCGAUGAUCGCUCCCUUCUGGACACUUGACCUCUGCUCGCAGCGUGUAGAGGCCUGGGGCCUCCAUUCCUCAGGCUUCCUAGCUUGGAUUUUGAUGAUGAUUAAAUGGAUAUAUUUUUGGAGAAAA